AUAAUGACAUGAAGUUUGAGAUUUGAUUAAUGACGAUGCACCAAUAUAAAUAUGCAGCAAACACAAGCACCUUUUGCCAAGGAAUUUACUACACAACAUAUAUAUAUAUAUAUAUACACACAGAGAGAUAUAUGGCACAGUAUGCGAGGUGUGGAGUGAUGGAAGAGGAGUGGAGAAAAGGGCCGUGGACUGCCGAAGAAGACAGAUUGCUUGUUGAGUAUGUGAAGUUGCAUGGUGAAGGCAAAUGGAACGCUGUCGCUAUGCUUGCAGGAUUAAAAAGAAAUGGAAAGAGCUGCAGAUUGAGAUGGGUGAAUUACUUGAGGCCAGAUCUUAAGAGAGGCCGAAUAACCCCUUAUGAGGAGAGUGUCAUCCUUGAACUACAUGCUAGAUGGGGUAACAGGUGGUCAACAAUUGCUAGAAGUCUGCCGGGAAGGACCGACAACGAAAUCAAGAAUUAUUGGAGGACUCACUUCAAAAAAAAGGGCAAAUCUACUUCUCGAAAUACUGAGAAAUUGCGGGCUCGCCUUCUUAAAAGACAACAAUUUCAACAACAACAGCUCCAACAACAACGAUACCAACAAGAUGAAAUAGAUAUGAAAAAAAUCAUAUCGUUGUUUUACGAAAACGACACUAAGCUAUCGACUUCCGAUGAGUCAAGCCACGAACUUGUUGUGCACACGAGCCCACUCGUCGAGCAAGAAGUCCUGCCGGAGGCCCCCAAUGAUUUGAGCAUAUGGGAUGGCUUAUGGAGCAUGGAUGAUCUCCAUGGAAAUAAUUGCUUAAAUAGGGCUAUUUAUCAGCACAAUUUGGUUUCACAUUUCUUUUGAGCUCUUUAGGUACAAGUACUGUUCGUGUGUUGAAAUAAAAAAUCAUUGAAAACCAAAGAAGGUUUUCGACUUGAAUA